AUGUCGAGUCAGCAACAGUCGUAUACCAUCUGGUCGCCUCAAGAUACUGUCAAGGAUGUUGCAGAGUCAUUAGGAAUCGAAAAUAUCAGUGACGAUGUGCUCAAGGCACUGGCGAUGGAUGUGGAGUACAGAAUUCUUGAAAUCAUUGAACAAGCUGUUAAGUUUAAGAGGCAUUCUAAGAGAGAUGUUCUAACUACUGACGAUAUCUCUAAGGCAUUGAGAGUACUUAACGUGGAACCUCUUUACGGAUAUCACGAUGGAUCUGCGUUCGAACAAGACGUUUCAUUUACCAAAGUGCAAGCAGUUGGUGGUCAAUCUGUUUACUAUCUAAAUGAUGAAGAAGUGGACUUUGAUAAAUUGAUUAAUGAACCAUUGCCACAAGUACCUCGUGUUCCAACUUUUACUACCCAUUGGUUAGCGGUCGAAGGUGUACAACCUGCCAUCAUUCAAAACCCUAAUUUGAAAGACAUUAGACUUUCUCAACCACCUAUCGUUAGAGGUGCUAUUGUAACUGCAUUGAACGAUAACAGUUUACAAUCUUCCACAUCUUCAGCGGCAUCCAUAUCUUUGGGAGAAGAGAAAGAUGCUCAACAUAUGUCUUCUGUUAAGCCAAAUCAAAACAUCGAGGUAAAACCUUUGGUUAAGCACGUUUUAUCUAUGGAAUUACAAAUUUACUUUAAUAAGGUGAUAGCGGCCUUGACUUCAAAGGAUCAAGACGAUCCUAAUGCACAACACAUGAAAGCAGCGGGUUUAACAUCUUUAAAGACAGACAGUGGAUUACACCAAUUGGUUCCCUAUUUCAUUCAAUUUAUCGCAGAACAAAUUACUCAUAAUCUGUCGGAUCUAGACCUUUUGACCACCAUCUUAGAGAUAAUUUAUUCGUUAUUGAGUAAUAAAUCUAUCUUUUUGGAUCCAUACAUCCAUUCUUUGAUGCCAUCAAUCUUAACACUACUGUUGGCAAAGAAAUUAGGAGGUUCGCCUGAUAGUGAUAGACCAGAAGAUGUUCGUGAAUUUUUAGAAAAGACUAAUGCUCUACGGGAUUUUGCUGCCUCUUUGCUAGAUUACGUUCUCAAGAAAUUCCCACAAGUUUACAAGUCUUUGAAACCUCGUGUGAUAAGAACUCUACUUAAGACUUUCCUCGACACAAACCGUGUAUUCGGUACUUACUACGGUUGUCUACGCGGUGUUUCAGUAUUAGAAUCAGAGUCUAUCAGAUUUUUCUUGGGGAACCUUUACAAUUGGUCCAGGUUGGUGUUCAAUGAACACAACGUGACGCUAGAUAAUGUUGAUGAAAACAGAAGUACUAAGUUCACACCUGACGAAACGGAAUUUUUGGUAGAUACCGUUAUCAAGGCUCUUGUGGUCCUAAAGGGUGAUCUUCCUGAUGUUUAUGAAGGUAAGGGUGAUGCUAUAACUGACGAAGAUAAACAGAGAUUGGUUGAGAGAUGCGGUGUAACAGUUGCAAGCCAUAUAUUGAAAAGAGACGAUGCAAAGGAGUUAAUCAGUGCAAUCUUCUUUGGUGAGUAA